GCUGCGGAGACGUCAUGUGACCGGAAGUGGGGCAGGCAGCGGCGCUGCUGACUAUACACGCACAGGAGUAGAGCAUGGUGGUGACAGUGGCGCUAAGCCGACGUCAUGUGACCGGAAGUGGCGCGGGCUGCCAAAACAUUGUGCACGCGGGAGAAGGAGGAUGAUGGCGGGAUUUGCGGAGGGCGAUGCCUGGGCUCUGGAGCCUGUGGUGAACCAAUGGGUGCUGGACUACUUCUUCCACCUGGCUGUGCUGGCCUUCAGGAGCGGACGCCAUGACGAAUUCACGGAGCUCCGGGAUGUUGUGUCAGUUUUAAUCCAACGUCCCUUUAGAACAAUGGAGAAGAACACGCAGGUCCUGCGCAUCAUGCAAUGCUUUUCCCGCAUUGAGGAAGGGGACGAUCCAGACUGCGUCUUCGAUCAGGACAGUAAUGAGACGCCCCUGGAAUCGGCUCUUGAGGUUCUUAAUCUGGCGGACAAUGAGAUGACGCUGGAUAAAGAGGCAAUGAAAAGCAAUCUGCUAAUGUUAAAAGAGGCGGCGGUGGUGGCGUGUAUAAAAAAGAAGCAGUUUAGUAAAGCCAGCAAUAUCAUGAAGAAAUGCAUUUCAAAUAGCAAUGAAACCAAGAAACUGCGGGCGGAGCUUCAAUAUAUCAUCUCGAAGAAGAACUCCCACCACCCCAUGAUAGCAAACUUUUCUCUCACCACCAUCAAGCAGAAGACGUACGAAAUGUUUGAGGAACGGAUUAAGCAGAUUCCAUGCUUCCUGAUGACGCUUGCUCAGAAAGACAACUCUGAGGUAAACGUAACGCCUGGUGAACCGCGUGUUGCAGACACGGAAGCUCAGCGGGAAGUGGAGGCGCGCCCCCCCAAUAAUACUUCAAGUUCAUCAGAUAUGGAUGUUCAAAGUCCCCAGCAAAAGAAAGAGUUUAAGACGCCGACUGAAGUAAGGUCAGAAAUAGACCGCGGCCCGGUUUAUAGCCUUUCCGCCAUAAAAUCCACAUGGAGGUCACUGUGUCGAGAUCCGCACCCAGAGGCUAAAUUCAGGGAACUUUGCGAGUCGCCUUUCUCUAAACAAGCCGACGCCCCCUCCUCCCAAACUCCCUCUGCCGAAACCCUCACCAGUAAGAGGCCUCCUGCUUGCACCCCUAGGGAGGACUUGUCCCCUUCAGAAGAACUUGGACAGGCCGGUCCGCCAAUGACUCUCCACCAGCUGGUCAUGGAGCCCGACAGCCAGCAGGACAAUGAGAUCGAAGAGGAGAGACCGAGCAAAGCUCCUUCCCCAAAAAAUCAGGGCGGCAACUCAACUGUGCGAAGAUUGUUCAAUUCUCCCCCAACAAACAAGAAGAGAAAACAUGAUGCUUUAAGCAAAUCCAACGUAGAGGAGGAGGAGCAAGAGACGUGGAGUGACGAGGAUGAACUGUUCAGGUCAAGAAAUCAGAAAGCUGCAAGAGCCGGCAACACAACCACCAAUGGAAUUAAAAAACAGAAAUGGACUGUAGAGGAAACGGAAUGGAUUAAACGCGGAGUGCAGGAACUGGGUGAAGGCAACUGGGCGAAAAUACUGAAAAAAUUCCCGUUCCAUAACCGGACUAGUGUUAUGAUUAAGGACAGGUGGAGGACAAUGAAAAAACUCUCUAUUGUAUAAUACUCCUGACCCAAUUCCUACCCAAUUUUAUGGCGUCAUUUUGUAACCGAGGAAGAGAUACCUGAGGUAUUGCGGACAGACAGAUAUUCACCGGCCUUUUCUUUAUCCUGAUUUGGACUUCGGAGAAACCAAUGCAAUUUUCAGUUUAAAAUUUUUAUAGAAUGUCGUCCCCUAAAUCACUGCAGGAUAUGGUGGCUUUGUGUCCUUUUAUACACUUUUCAUUGUUUUGUGCACCCAUUGAUAUGUAAGUUGCGGUCUGUCAAAAAUCUAUUUUAUUUGAAUUCACAUAUCUCACCUGUUAAGACUUUACAUUAUAUGGUCCAGCGAG